AUGGCAGACCAAUUGAAAGACCCUUUACCGACCGCCAUCGAGGACUUUGGCAACGACGAGCGCAUAUCCUUCUCCAAGCUUGACAACAAGUACCUGGCUGUCCUCGACGACGGCACCGAGCUCGAGUUCAGUCCGACAACCUCUACCUGGGUCGAGGCAGUAGAUACAGCCCUGGAACCCCUCGACAACGAAGAUGAGACCGCAGCGCAGCUAGCAGACCUGUCCAGAGCCGGCGCAGGCCCGGGCUACAUCAGCGGCGCCGAACCACAACAGACCAAUCCUAGGAAACGCAAAGAGUCGCCCACUUCAGCAGAAGCCGGAGGCAUGGACACCAUACAAGGCGGAGGCAGCGACAACAACAGCAACGGCAAUGGCAACGGGAGGGCCCGCCCCGCGAAGAAGGCUAAGCCGGCGCGCGCACCGCCGCAGCCGCGCCAGAACACGGCCGUCUACGUUACUGGGCUGCCGGCGGAUGCGACAGUUGAUGAGGUGCAUGAGCUGUUUUCGCGCAAGGCGGGCGUGGUCGCGGAAGAGAUUGACAGCGGCCGGCCACGCAUCAAGAUGUACACGGACGACAAGGGCAAUUUCAAGGGCGACGCACUCGUCGUCUUCUUCAAGCCGCAAAGUGUUGAGAUGGCAAUCAUGCUGCUAGAUGACACGGAUUUUCGCUUCGCACCUGGCACGGGCGAAACACCGAAGAUGCGGGUGCAGGCCGCGGACUCGAGCUACAAGAAGGUCAAAUACAAUGAGGACGGGGCGGGUACAGCUAGUGGAAAAGGAGGCAACGGCGGUGAUGACGGGGAGGGGGCGUCAGCCCAGCCGAAGAGGGAACGAAACGAUAAAGACCGGCAGAAGAUCAUUCGUAAGACACAGAAGAUGGCGGCGAAGCUCGCUGACUGGAGCGAUGACGACACGGCGGCGAUACCCCCGGAGACCAACUCGAAAUGGGACAAGACGGUGAUACUCAAGCACAUGUUUACGCUGGCAGAGCUGGAGGAGGACCCGGCAGCGCUGCUGGAGAUCAAGGAGGACAUCCGCGAGGAGUGCGCCAAGCUGGGCAACGUCACCAACGUAGUGCUGUACGACGAGGAGCCGGAUGGCGUGGUGUCCGUGAAAUUCUCGCAGUCGCAGUCCGCGCAGGCGUGCAUCCAGCUCAUGAACGGGCGCAGCUUUGAUGGACGGUUCGUAGAGGCGUCCAUAGCGACGGGGCGGGAGAGAUUCAAGAAGUCGAAGCAGGGGCAGGCGAGCGACAGCGAAUGA